UGUCAAGGGCACUGGAAACUGUUUGAAGCCUAGCAGCUGUAGUCUGCACGUGAAGCCGUAAACCAGCGUAAUAACUUAUCUAUUUUGAACCGGACAGUGGUAGAGAUGGACGGGUUCGGGUCAGAUUUCUCAGCAGCAGGGUCCGGCGGGAAAAUGGACGCCGGGACCAUCAUGGAGCAGGUUAAGGUCCAAAUCGCGGUGGCUAACGCUCAGGAGCUUCUACAGAGAAUGACUGAUAAAUGCUUCAAGAAGUGUAUAGGAAAGCCUGGAAGCUCAUUGGACAAUUCUGAACAGAAAUGCAUCGCCAUGUGCAUGGACAGAUAUAUGGACGCCUGGAACACUGUGUCCCGAACAUACAACUCCAGGCUGCAGAGAGAACGAGCUCGAAUGUGAAAAAUCUUCAAAACACGCUACCUCCUUCUCUUUGUCGGGUCGCUGCCGCUAGAAUGAGGACCUGCACAGUGCAGCAGUGGAGCAGGUGUACGUCAGCAGCACAACACCCCCUCAUCUGCCACAGUCAUAGACAGAUGAGGCCUGUGGACUCUGACCCGCAACGGAAUCUUUGUGGACAUUUUUAUUUUUACUUUUGAGGAAAAGUUUGCCAAUACAGUUUAAUUAUUCCUGUUGUAUGUAAUAAAUGCAGUAGCAGAUGGUUCAAAGGCUGUUGUUUAACUGGGAAAACAAUCAGACUGGACAUAAACACUUUACAUGCUGACAAGGGUACAUUGAAGGAAAAACAGAAGAAAACGAAGCCACACAGGUGGAGCUCUUUAUUUGGAAAUCUAAACCCUGUCAAAUCCCCUGCUAGAAACUAUGCAUUUACACUCUAUGAAUCACACAUGCCACUCAAUAUCUAUGCAUCUUUUAAAUUGAUUUCCCCUGCAGCUACAUCCUCCUCAGACGCUCACAAAUCUGGCUUAGACUAAGUUGGCUGACAGUUGAUGUGUUAAUGUUUUUGGCUAAAGCUUGCUAACUCCACUCUGCAGGUGGAGAGGAUUUCACCUGAGAGGAUUUCAGAAUGCCACUGAGGCUCAGAGCUAAAACAUAAACAAGCAAAACCUUUAUAAUAAACAUAAUGUGGACCUGUUGGCAACAUUAACGGUAACUUUAAAGUCUCAUAACUGACAUUCACAGCCCUCCAGGCAGCCUAUAUCAAGCUACAGCAGAACAAAACUGUUUUGUUUGACAUGUUUCCUAUGUGUUACUCUAGCUGCUGCCCUUCCACAGUGGUGGGCUUGUUUCAGCUGGGCUCUGCUUCACACAGUCAGGAUACAGCACCGUUCUGAGCUCUGUGUGUGUAGCUGCUCAGGCAUACAGGGAAGUACAACCCACCUGCAUAGUUUGAGUUAGUGAAGACUGUAAGCACCGAUUGCAGAGGAAUUGUGUUCAAAAAGAAAUUUUAAUUGAAUAAAAAAAAGAAUAAAUCUGGUUAA